AUGUUACCUGCUAAAUGGUCAACUAUAUUAGCAGAUUCUAGCAAUGAAUUUCAUAAUCAAAUACUUUUGGAUAUUCAAUCCCAACUAAAUAAUAUUGCUAUUACUCAAGAUGAUUAUGUCUUGAUAUAUAAAGUGACAAAAGAAACUGGGGCUAGAAUUCAAAUUAUUAAUAAAAGAGAUUUUGAAAG